CCUCCCCCACAAUUAAUUACAAGCUCCGGACGGACGACUGCGCAGUCCGCCUCCGUCGUCAUUCUCCCCGAGACGAGACGAGACGAGACGGCGCACGCAUUGGAUGCCAUUCUAAUCUCUCCCCCGCUCCUCCCCUCCCCGCCUCUCCAUUAUCGGAGGUCGGCGAAACCCCCAUUUCCAUCCCCUUCGCCGGCCAAAAACAACCAGACAAGUAACAAAAACCAAGCCUUUUUCGUCGCUCCCCCGCCGCUCUGGUCCUGCGCGCUGGAGCGGAGCGCUCGCCUGCCUUCCGGAAGGGGGAAAGUGGGACUGAGAGAGAGCACACCGUACCAGAUGGACCUGCUCGCCGCCCCUCGGUAGCCCCGGGCGGACAUUGCCGCCUCCCUCUUCCUCCUCCCCGGACAAGAAGCAGAAGCCGCUGGGGGCAAUGAGGAAGCACGGGUGGCAGCUGCCGUACCACCCGCUGCAGGUGGUGGCGAUAGCCGUCUUCGCCGCGCUGGGCUUCGCCUUCUACGUCUUCUUCCUGCCCUUCGUCGGGAGCCAGACCUCCCAGUACGUCGCCAUGGGCCUCUACACCCCGCUGAUUACGUGCGUCGUCACGCUCUACAUUUGGUGCGCCGCCACCAACCCCGGCGACCCCGGCAUCUGCAAGCCGACCAGGCUGCACUCGAGGCUGGACAAGGAAGGGCGGCAGUCCCACUCCCACUCCCACAUGGACUCGGACCACGGCCUUCAUGCUGCUGACAACAGCGAGAAGCUGAGCAGCAUGCUCGAGAGGAAGGACUCGCCUUCUUGGCCCAGAUGCUCUCAACUGCUCUGCUUAGUCUGUUUGCCCUUUUCAUGCUUGUUCAAGAGAUGCCUCCAUCCUGAUGACCAGCAUUCUGAAGAGAACAUGAGCGAGGAGGGCAUGUUCUUCUGCAGCUUAUGUGAAGCCGAGGUUUUGAAGAACAGUAAGCAUUGCAGGGUGUGCGACAAGUGUGUUGAUGGCUUUGAUCACCAUUGCAGAUGGCUCAACAAUUGCGUCGGGAAAAGGAACUACAAAGGGUUCUUCAUUCUAAUGUCUUGUGCCGUUCUCCUGCUUGUGGUGCAGUGGUUGUCAGGAACCCUUGUGAUAAUUCUCUGCAUUGUGAAGCGAGGGGAGUUCUCAAGACAGAUUGACACAAAGUUAGGAAGCAGCUUCUCAACUGUAGCAUUUGUAAUUGUUGUGGCUACUUGCACCAUACUAGCAAUGAUCGCGACUGUACCGCUUGCUCAACUUCUGUGCUUCCAUAUUCUUCUUAUCAAGAAGGUAAAUCACUUUGAGACUGUCACUGAAGCUGUGGAUUUUUUUCAUUGUUUCAUUUUGAGAUGGAGAGGGGGAGGGAGGAGGGGUCCCCAUCCUAAAUUUUUGAAAUCAAAAGACAGCUUCCGGCGUUCCGUGCAAAACAUGUUUGGCCAUAAUUUUGCUGUUGCUUGGUCCUUACUUCCAUCUAAUCCGAAACAGAGCCAACUCUUAUUCCAUUUUUCUUUUAUUGCCAAUUUUUUCGGCAUAUUUGUGGCUAAUAAGACAACAUACGCCACCAUAUCAUCUCUACAGGCAGCGAUUAUCUCAGAUUUAGUCUCAGCUUUUGUUUUCUCCAUCGCCCGCGCCACCUUCUCGUCGAUAGUCACUUGA